UAAAAUUUUGGCUCUAGAACCCUAGUCUCUUGGUCCCAUCAAAGUUCUAGUUUUGUCAGAACAGGGAAGAGAAGAAGACAUAGACGCAGCUAUGAAGGUUUUCGAGAUCGAUGGAAACACUCUAUCUCUUGCUCUUUUCACCGAAGUCACCAACUCCAAGGAACUCCUUGAUUCUAUGAAAGCUGGAACUCUGGAACCAGAAGUUGCAUUUCUCAAUGCAUCACUGAUUCCAGACGUUUUUCCUGUCCUGGCAUCUGCACAUAAGACACUUUUAGCCAAGUCACGGGAUUCAUUGACGACACGCACUAUUCAUUCCGAACUCGUAUACAAUUAUUCCGGAUCCAAGCAUAUUACAGAAUCUUUGAAAAGGUGUGGCAUCUCUGAUAGCACAACUUAUAUCCUUGCUGCUCGUUUCAAUGCUUCCAUUGAUGAGAUGAAAGCCGCAGAGAAACUAAUAGAUGGAAAAGAGAUUGAGUUGGAGGAGUUGGAGGGAAGAGCAAACCAGGCCCAGAUACAAAAGCACUACAAGAUAUCUGGCCCAGAACUAGGAAUAUCCACAGUUGCAGAUGCUAUUACAUGUCGGAUUGCUGCUCGGGAUGCCUUGUGAGAAGAUAGACAUAUAUUUUGUUUAAUAUUUAGCUCCUUUUGUUUUCUCUGAUGUCCACCAUCUGUGUCAUCUUCUCCGUUGUAUUCUCCUAUUGAAUGGAAGAUUGUGCUUUGGAAUUGAAACGAUGAA